GGUUGAGUUUUCCAUGUUGGCCCUUGUGGUCGUUGAUGUUGUUCAGCCUGCUAGCCACGGUGAGGGCACUGGAGUUUGGAGGUGCUCCCGGCCAGUGGGCACGCUAUGGGCGUUGGGAGGCAGGCUCAGUGGGUGAGCUGAGCUUCAGUUUGAAAACCAAUAUCAGCAAAGCCCUGGUUCUCUAUCUAGAUGACGGUGGGAACUGUGACUUCAUGGAGCUCCUGAUUGCCAGUGGACGCCUCCAGCUCCGCUUUGCCAUUCAUUGCGCAGAGCCGGCAACCUUACACAUGGAGACGCGGGUCAACGAUGACCGCUGGCAUAUGGUCCUCCUUACCCGCAACUUCCGCGAAACCCUUUUGAUGGUGGAUGGUGAGACUAAGGUGGCAGAAGUCAAGUCCAAGAGGAAGGAGAUGGCUGUGGUCAGCGACCUUUUUGUCGGAGGGAUUCCUCCAGACGUGCGUCUUUCAGCGUUGACCUCCAGCACAGUCAAAUACGAGCCCCCUUUUCAAGGCCUGAUCUCCAACCUGAAGGUGGGGGAGAUGCCUCCAACCCUGCUCAACAGCCAGGGUAUCCAGAGUGACCUGGAGUACCUGUGCACCAAGCAAAACCCAUGCCUCAACGGCGGGUUCUGCUCUAUCCAGUAUGGAGAAGUCCACUGCGACUGUACACACACACGCUUCAAGGGGAAGUACUGCAAGGAAGAGGAGUAUGCUGUGGAAGGUCUGGCGCACCUGACGUUAAACAACCAAGGCAAAGGGAAAGGAAAGGAGGAGUCGGUGGCCACCUUCAAGGGGAACGAGUUCUUCUGCUACGACCUGUCGCUGACGCCCAUCCAGAGCAGCACGGACGAGAUCACGCUCUCGUUCCGCACGCUCCAGAGGAACGGCCUGAUGCUGCACACGGGGAAGUCGGCCGACUACGUCAACCUGUCUCUGAAGAGCGGCGCCGUGUGGCUGGUCAUCAACCUGGGCUCCGGCGCCUUUGAGGCGCUGGUGGAGCCCGUCAACGGCAAGUUCAACGACAACGCCUGGCAUGAUGUCCGCGUCACCCGCAACCUGCGCCAGCACGCAGGCAUUGGACACGCUAUGGUGACCAUAUCAGUGGAUGGUAUAUUGACCACCACUGGUUACACUCAGGAGGACUACACCAUGCUGGGCUCGGACGACUUCUUCUACAUAGGAGGGAGUCCCAACACUGCGGACCUGCCCGGAUCCCCCGUCAGCAACAACUUCAUGGGCUGUCUAAAAGAUGUGGUGUACAAAAACAACGACUUCAAGCUGGAGCUCUCCCGGCUGGCCAUCACGCGCGACCCCAAGAUCAGCCUCUACGGCGACCUGGUGUUCCGCUGCGAGGACGUGGCGGCCCUCGACCCCGUGACCUUCGAGACGCCCGAGUCGUACAUCGCCCUGCCCAAGUGGCACACCAAGAAGACGGGCUCCAUCUCCUUCGACUUCAAAACCACCGAGCCCAGCGGCCUGCUGCUCUUCAGCCACGGCCGCCCCCAGGGGCCCAAAGAGCAGCUGCCGCAGCGGCCGAGUCGCGAGCUGAAGACCGACUACUUUGCCAUGGAGCUGCUGGACGGGUUUCUGUACCUGCUGAUGGACAUGGGCUCUGGGAGCAUCAAGCUGAAGACCAGCAACAAGAAGGUCAACGACGGGGACUGGUGCCACGUGGACUUCCAGAGAGAGGGGAGGAAAGGCUCCAUCUCGGUGAACAGCCGCAGCAUCCCCUUCAACUCCAACGAGGGCAGCGAGAUCCUGGACCUGGACAGCGACAUGUUCCUGGGGGGGCUCCCGGAGGCGCGCGGCGACCUGGUGCUCUCCCCGGAGGUGUGGACCGCCCUGCUCAACUACGGCUACGUGGGCUGCGUGCGCGACCUCUUCAUCGACGGCAAGAGCCGCGACGUGCGGCGCCUGGCCGAGAUCCAGAGCUCCCCAGGCGUGAGCAGCUUCUGCACGCGGGAGCCCCAGAAGAGGUGCAGCGGCGCCCCCUGCGGGAACGGAGGCCUGUGCAAGGAGGGCUGGAACAGAUACAUCUGCGACUGCACCGGCACGGGCUACCUGGGGAGCAACUGUGAAAUAGAGGCGACCGUGCUGAGCUACGACGGCAGCAUGUACCUCAAGAUCAUCAUGCCGGGCACCGUGCACACGGAGGCCGAGGACGUGGCCCUGCGCUUCAUGUCCCAGCGGGCCUACGGCCUCCUGGCCGCCACCACCUCCAAGGAGUCCGCCGACACCCUCCGCCUGGAGCUGGACGGCGGGAAGGUCAAGCUGACCGUCAACCUAGAUUGUAUCAGGAUAGACUGUAACCUCAACAGUUAA